AUGCGAAGACGAUUUCUGGAUGCCAUGACCUUAGUUCAAGAGGAUGGGAGGCCUGAUAUAUUCCUUCUAAUGACAUGCAACCCAAAUUGGAAAGAAAUUGUAGAUGAGUUAUUGCCCGGACAAACAGCUCAAGAUCGACCAGAUCUUGUUGCAAGAGUUUUUCGUGCUAAAUUAGAGGAUCUCAAGGUACAAUUAUUGAAGAUGAAUUUCAUUGGUGAGGUAGGAGCACAUGUAUAUGUGGUAGAGUUUCAAAAGCGUGGAUUGCCACAUGCACAUUUCCUCCUAAUAAUGAGACCUAGACAUAAGAUUACCAAUCCAGACGAUUAUGACAAAAUCGUGUGCGCCGAAAUUUCAGAUCCAAUUAAGUAUCCCGCAAUGCAUGAUCUGGUUAAAAAUCAUAUGAUUCAUGGUACUUGUGGUAGUUUACGAGAAAAAAGUCCAUGUAUGGAGGGUGUGCCAAAAAAAUGUCGUUUUAGAUGGGUGGCUCCGUACAACCCAAAGUUGCGAAUGAUGUUCAAUUAUCAUAUCAAAGUUGAGGUUUGUUUGAGUAUAAAAUCCGUGAAGUACAUCUUUAAGUAUGUUUAUAAGGGUCAUGAUAAACAUGUUAUCCACAUUGAUCAAGACAGAGAAAAUAACACGAUUAAUGAAAUACGUAGGUUUCAAGAUGCGUGUUAUGUAUGCCCUCCUGAGGCGAUGUGGCAGAUUUUUAGCUUUCCACUUUCUCAGAUCCACCCUUAUGUGAUGUCUUUGAAAAUACAUCCGUCGAAUCAACAGUUGGUUAGGUUCAAAGAUGGUGAUAGAAUGGAAGAUAUUGUUGAAAGGGAGAAUGAUAAGAAUUCAAUGUUGAUGGAAUUUUUCGAGAAGAAUAAAGAAGACUCCAAUGCUAGAAAAUAUAUGUACAAGGAUUUCCUCAAAAAAUUCACAUGGAAUUCGAGCACACAUCGCUGGAGUCCCCGGAAACAAAAAUCAAUGAUAGGAAGACUGGUUUAUGCUAAUCCAAUUGAAGGAGAAAGGUACUACCUACGUCUGCUUUAA